UGACAUGGUAUAGAGCUAGGUUUCGCUCCUAGCCGUCACGCUUCCACCCUAGGCGCUAUCCACUCCCCUUCCACCCUAGCCUGCCUCCUUAAUCCUAGUUAGACUCUAGCUUGUUGCUCUAGCCGGUGCCCUAGCCUAAGCUCUCGUCCUAGGCUGCUGCCCUGCCUCCGCGCUGCUCGCAUUUAGCAUCCAGCCUGCCUGCCAGCCGCCGCCAGCUCGCCGCCGCCAGCAGCGUGCUAGUCGCUGCCAGCUCGCCGCCAGCUAGCCGCCACCAGCAGCUCGCUCGAAGCGCUCCGCCGCUAGCCAGCAGCCAGCUCGCUCUCUGCCAGCUCGUCACCAGCAGCCGCAGCCAGCUCGCCGCAACCAGCAGCUCGCUAGCUGCUACUCGCUCGCCGCUAGCUAGCCGCCGCCAGCAGCUCGCUUGCAGCGAGCCGCCGCCAGCUUGCCGCCAGCUCGCUCGCUGCUCACUCGCCGCGAGCUCGCCACCACCAGCAGCUUGCUAGCUGCUACCAGUUCGCCGCCAGCUAGCCGUCGUCAGCACCUCGACGUUUGCUAGCCGCCGCCAGCGGCUCGCUUGCAGCUCGCCGCCGCCCACUUGCCGCUAGCUCGCUCGCUGCCAGCAGCUGCCCACCACUCCCUCACUGCUGCUCACUCGCUGCCAGCUCGCCGCCAGAAGCGCGCUGCUAGCUCGCCGCCAGCCUGCUGCUGCCAGCUCGCCGCCAGAGCAGCUGCCAGCAAACUGCCAGCCAGCUACCAGCCAGCUGCCCGCUGCCAGCCAGCAGCCAGCCAGCCGCCAGCCGCCAGCCUGCCGUUAGCCAGCUGCCAGCCAGCCGCCCGCUGCCAGCUUGCAGCCAACCAGCCGCCAGCCAGCAGCCCCGCCAACCAGCUACUGUAGCCGCCAGCCGCCAGCCAGCCGCCAGCCAGCCGCCAGCCAGCCGCCAGCCAGCCAACAGCCAGCCUGCCGCCAGCCAGCUGCCAGCCCGCAGCCAGCCAGCCGCUAGCCAGCCGCCAGCCAGCUAGCCGCCAGCCGCCAGCCAGCUGCCAGCCAGCCGCCCGCUCCCAGCUAGUUGCCAGCCAGCCACCAGCCAGCUAGCCGCCAGCCUCCGACCAGCAGCCAGCUCGCCACCAGCUGCCUUUCACUAGCCAGCCGCCAGCCGCCAGCCAGCUCCCCGCUCCUUGCCAGCCUCCCGCCAGCCACUGGCCCGCCGCCAGCUGCCAGCCAACCGCCAGCCGCCGGCCACUAGACACUGCCACCUGCUGCCACCCGCUGCCGCGUUCUGCUGCCUGCUGCCUCCUGCUGCUGCCUGGUACUUCAGCCGCCGCAACUCCAGCAGCUAUAGUUGCUACCGCCGCCACUCCUACAGUUGCCGCCGCUGCUCCUACUGCCACCGCCGAUGCUUCGCCUGCCGCCACUGCCAUUUAGUAGCCGCUGCCACUCCCGCCUGCCGCCUGCCUGCCACUGCCGCAGGCCUGCCACUCGCUGCUCCCGCCUGUCGCUCACUGCUGCUGUCAGCUCCUACUGCCUGCCUGCCACUGGCCGCCUGCCGCCUUGUGCCUUCCAUCCGCCAGCUGCCAUCCAACCCCCCUCCAGCCGCCAGCUGCCAGACCGCCGCUCCGGCCACAGCCACCACUGCCGCUGCCACCGUUCGUGCUCCUGCAGCCCCUAGUGCCUCCCACUAGUCUCCUCCUCGUUCUGGAGUUCCUCGCUGCCUUCCCUAUCGGCAUGACGACCUCGUCCGAGAAUGUCUCUUGGCUGGACGCCGAAGGCCGGGCGGUUGACUUCGCUCUCUGGCUUCUCGAUCUCCGCCUGUAGCUGGCGAGCCAGGACGUGGACUGCGAGCUCCUGGAGGCCCACAUUACUGGUGAGCUCGUUGCACACCUCCACAUCCUCGAGGUACGCUACAGGGCUGCCUGCCCCGAGCCGCAACCGCAGCAGCAGUCGUAGCGGCUGCCACAGCAGCAGCAGCACCAGCACCAGCACCACCAGCCGCAGCAUCAGCAGCAGCAGCAGUGGCAGCUGCCGUGGUGGGGUCCUAGGGGUGUUGGGCACUGUGGAGGCCCUGUAGAUUGGGCCCCGGGGCAGUCGCUGCCCUGGGGCCCACGUGGUUUCUCAGGAGGCCUGAGGGCCUGGGGUCCUGGGGACACGAGUUUGUGCCUGUGAGUUACUCUCAGCCAACCCGCACUAGCACGUGGAUGACUCAACACACGAAUUUGCCCUAAAACCAUAAACUAGGAGCGUGUUCCUACGAACCUCUUCCUAGGCUAUCCUCUUUCCACACUCGGCCCUCAUCUGAGAGCAUGUUCGAAGGAGAUUGUUUCAAGCUAUUUCGUUUCAGAAUGGCGUUCUCAACUGCAAUGAAUCAGCUGGCGUCAAAAUCCCACUAUGCAUAUUCGUGCACGUCAGUACCAGUUACGAUUGAAGGUUAUCUCUGUACUGUAUUCGUAUAGUGCAAGGUUUCCAAUAUAUAUAUAUACAUAUAUAUAUAUAUAUAUAAAAGAAAAUUGCAGCAAGAACAGUGCUUCGAGAACAUUGGCGAUUUUCGGAAAACGUUGGAGGCUGGGAUUUGAAGAGUGAAUAAAUGAACACCGUAAUUAUACUUCACUCGGAGAGAAGAAGUGAUUAGUGAGGUCUGGCCUAAUAACGUAGACCACUUUCAAUCCUAUCAUAAGGCCUGGUCAGGUCAGCUUAGGGCGUGUACCAAGUGUAAGGAAAACGACGCCAGGUGACGUCCUAGCAUGGUACAGUACGUUUUGAAGGAUUGGGAAGUUUUAUGUGCGUUGAAAAGCGGUGACUCGACGCCAAAACGUGACGUCAUGCUACUGUAUUCUACUCACUUGAUACACGUCCUUAGGGCAAAUUCCUAUACAGGCUUUGGUGAUGCUGAUGCAACUGUUAGACUUCAUAUAUCUGUUAGAUGUAUAUAAACUAUAUCUUAGCUAGGUGCAGAUUAUAGGGAGUACAACACCUAGAUACAAACUCUGUCUCCUUGUGCUAGCCAAUUCAUUCUCUCUCUUUGACAUGGUAUCGAGCUAGGUUAGUUCCUAGCCUCCACGCUUCUGCCCUAGGUUCUCCCCGCUCCUCUCCUACCAUUAGCCCACACUCCUUGCCUAAGUUAGGCCCUAGUCUGCCACCCUAGCCUGCGCCCCAGUCCUAGCCUGCUGCUCGCGCUGCCCCCUGCUGCCCGUCGCGUGCCGCCCGUCACUGCUAGCAGUGCACACCGCCGCCACGCACAGCCAGCCAGCUCGCUCCCUGCAGCUCGCCGCGGCUCGCACGCCGCUGGCCCGCUCGCCGCCUGCGGCUCGUCGCGCUGCAUGCCGCAGUGCUCGCUGCGCUGCUGAGGCGUCAUCGGGUCCUUGCCUCCUUCGUUACCGAACCGUCUGUUCCUAUCUCGAGUCUUGAUGCGCUUGUCGCUGCCGUCGCUGACUUUGCCUCUACCCGCCGCCUUCACUACGCCGCCGCUCUGGUUUCUGACUCUUCCCAUCCUCCGUUCGUCUGACGCUUCUUGGGCAGACGACGCUGAGGCACUCAGGUUCUUCCAGGGCUACUGCUUUAGCCUUGGUGCAAGUGCCACCAUGUGGAGGUCCACCCGCUCGUCGUUUGUUGCCUAGUCUAGCUUGAAGCUGAGAUCUACGCUGGUGUCAUGGCGGCACAGGAGCUCGGGUGGCUGACUUUCUUGCUCACCGACUUAGGUGAGCGCCCUAGCUCUGCCCCGAUCGUGUAUGCUGACAACAGGGCCAUGAUCCUCCUGUGUUAGGAACCUCGACUCCAGGGCAGAACGAAGCACAUCUAGCUGCAAUACUUCCUCUUUCGUGAGCUACAGCGAUGCUGCGAGGCCUGCGUAGUACACUUGGCCUCCGCUGCCAACACAGCUGAUAUCUUUACUAAGGCGCUUGCGCCUAAAGAUCAUCAGCGGCAUUGUUUUCAGCUUGGUCUAGUUCUUGUAGCUCCUCACUUGCUAGGACCUUGAAUGUAUACUACUCUUUAUAUAUACCUUCUUGAUUGGCCUUGUGGCUUCUCUUCCAGUGGCCGGACUAGUAGUGCCGCCCUGGUUUGCUCUUGUCGAGUUUUUACUCUUGCUGACAGGUCUUCGGGCCCUUGUUUCGGAGGUUGGACUAGUAGUGCCGCCCUGAGUUGCUUGUCUCUUGCCAGGCACUGCCCCUUGUCCAGUCUAGGGGGGAUGUCAAACAUACAGCGACGGAAUUAAUUGGGCUAGAAAAG